AUGGCUGUCAACUCCUUCGAAGGGACUGGAGUACCCGUCCAGCUCCCUUCUCCCUCUAAUGUCCACUUAGAAGAUGAAGCUUCAAACUCGUUGGAUGACACAUCAAUGCCCAUUGCCAUUAUUGGCAUGGGCUUCCGAGGGCCCGGAGAUGCCAGCAACGUCGAAAGGCUAUGGAAGAUGAUUCUCGAAGGUCGGGAAGCAUGGAAUCAGAUACCCGAGUCGAGAUGGAACAAUCAUGCGUUUUACCACCCAGAUCAUGCGAGGCACGGCACUAUCAAUGUCCAAGGCGGCCACUUUCUGUCAGAAGACGUAUCCCUUUUCGAUGCGCCCUUUUUCAACAUGACGAGUGACGAGGCAGCGGCGAUGGAUCCCCAGCAGCGAUUAUUGCUCGAAGUGACCUAUGAAGGACUAGAGAAUGCCGGUAUACCUCUUCCCGAAAUCAUGGGAAGCGACACAUCAUGUUUCGUUGGUUCUUUCAAUGCGGAUUACACAGAUCUCCUCCUGCGCGACCCCGAUGCUAUCCCCAUGUACCAGUGCACCAAUGCCGGCCAGUCGCGUGCCAUGAUGGCCAACCGAGUGUCAUACUUCUUCGACCUAAAGGGCCCCAGCGUCACAGUUGAUACCGCUUGCUCGGGAAGUCUAGUCGCCCUUCAUUUGGCUUGUCAGACGUUGCGCACCGGCGACGCUGUGAUGGCAAUUGCGGCCGGAGUAAACGUGAUUCUCAGCCACGAAUUCAUGUCCACCAUGACCAUGAUGAAGUUCCUGUCACCGGAUGGACGAUGCUAUACCUUUGACGAGAAUGCCAACGGAUAUGCUCGUGGCGAAGGGAUCGGGUGUUUGAUCUUGAAGCCGCUCAAAGAUGCCAUCAGAAAUAAAGACCCUAUCCGGGCUGUCAUCAGGGGUUCUGGGUCGAAUCAAGAUGGCAGAACUCCAGGCAUCACUCUCCCGAGUGGAGCGUCACAGGAGGCUUUGAUUCGCCAUGUUUACAGCAUGGCAGGUCUUCAUCCACAUGAUACAGAAUUUGUUGAAACACACGGCACAGGAACUCAAGCAGGAGAUCCAAUUGAGACACGAGCGCUCGCGAGUGUGUUCUGCGCUGAAAGAAAGUCAGACAGGCCACUGCGCAUCGGGUCCAUCAAAACAAACGUGGGGCAUCUGGAGGGAACAAGCGGAGUCGCGGGCGUGAUCAAGGCAGUGUUGAUGCUCGAGAACCACACUUUUCUCCCCAACCGCAACUUCACUUCCCUCAACCCACGCAUCCUGCUAGACGAGUGGAAGCUUAAGGCAUGCUUCGGAUACGGGGGAAGCAACGCACAUGUUAUCCUGGAAGAUACGCACGGAUACCUACAAUCGCACGGUUUACAAACGCUUGUUGGUAAAACUUGUACGCCUUUCCUGAGGAAUGCUCUUGGGCCAUCGCAAACUCCCAACGGCCGGCACAACGAAUCUCCCAUACGGGCGCGUCUCUUUAUGCUGUCCGGUUUUGACCAUCAUUCCGUUGCAAAGCAGAUAGAGAAUAUCAGAGGCUAUGUCCUCGAAAGGCAAUCGAUAGUUGAUGAUCCGUUCAUGAGCAGUUUGGCGUUCACGUUGAAUCAACGGCGUACUGCCCUGAUGUGUCGAGCAGCGGUUACUGGCGACUCAGCUGCCAGCGUGAUCAAAGCUUUGGAAAGCGGUAUCAAGAUUAGAAACGUCACGAGAAAGCCAGCAGUUGGUUUUGUUUUCACUGGCCAAGGAGCGCAAUGGUGUGGGAUGGGACGGGAACUGGUGGGAGCAUAUCCCGUUUUCCGCCAGUCAAUGGAACGAAUUGAUGCAUACUUGAUCCGAUUUGGAGCUCCUUUUUCCGCCCUAGGUGAAAUUCUUGAGAAUCAAGACGCGUCACGGCUCAACCAUCCUCUUCACAGUCAAACAAUCUGCACAGCACUUCAAAUUGCACUUGUCGACCUUUUAAGUGCAUGGAAAAUACAACCAGACUCGGUUACUGGCCAUUCCAGUGGCGAGAUAGCAGCAGCGUACGCCAUCGGAGCGUUAAGCAUGGAGGACGCUAUAUCCGUUGCAUAUUAUAGGGGUGUUGCAGCGAGCAAGCUAUCGCACAACAAAACAGUGAAAGGAGGGAUGCUCGCUGCCGGGGUGUCGCAAGCCCAAAUACAACCGUUGCUGGACACGUUGAAAUCUGGGAAAGCCGUCGUGGCAUGCAUUAACAGUCCGUCCAGCGUUACUGUCUCGGGAGACAUUAAGGCUAUUGAAGAGCUUGAGAAGGUAAUAAAGGAGAAACAAUUCUUCUGCCGACGUCUGGCAGUUGAUGUUGCAUAUCAUUCCCACCACAUGGAAAUAGUUGGUGAAGAAUAUCUGGACCUGAUAUCGAAUAUUCGACCACGGAUUGGAAGCAAAUCCGGAAAGCAUCCCGUCUCCUUUUUCUCUUCGGUGAUAGGAGCUGAGAUCAAAGCAUCUGAUCUUGGCCCUCAAUAUUGGACUAGAAAUCUUCUCGGCCAGGUCAAAUUCGUUGAAUCCGUCAGGGCGCUUUGCUUUGAAACUAGUACUCAGAAAUCGAUGUUUGCGGGCUCUAAUAACAGGCGCACCAGGCGACCGAACGGUACGCGCAAGGCCAACGUGGAUGUCUUGCUGGAAGUUGGCCCUCACGCAGCAUUAGCGGGCCCGAUCCGUCAAAUCCUGAAAGACGACGAUAAGCUGGAGGCGGCCGGGAUCCAGUAUGCGAGCGUUUUGACUCGUAAAGUCGAUUCUGUCACGACGGCAUUGGAGGUUGCUGGGACCCUUGCCUGCCUUGGUUCUCACGUCAGCUUUUCAGCGAUGAACGACCCGUUAAACGAGUCACCAGAUAACCAUGUCCUGAUUGAUCUUCCUCCUUAUGCAUGGAACCACAGCAGAUCAUACUGGGCCGAGUCGCGCAUCAGCACAACAUACAGAAAGCGCAAGCAUCCGCGGACAGAUCUCCUAGGUGCUCUCGACAGAAUGUCGUGUCCGUUCGAACCUCGUUGGAGAAACUUUUUACGCGUAUCCGAAAUCCCAUGGCUUAAAGACCAUAAAAUACAGUCGAACAUAGUUUAUCCUGCAGCGGGAUACAUUGCAAUGGCUAUAGAAGCUGCAUCUCAACACUUGCCGGAGCAGGAGGCAAACAAGCACAUGUCAGCGUUUAUUCUCCGUGAUGUUGAAAUAAAAGCCGCUUUGGUCAUCCAGGAGCACUCUGCAGCUGAAGUCAUGACCUCACUACGAGUGAGUCAAGGGGGCACGGAACACUCCGAGCAUCUUUACGAAUUCAACAUCUAUUCUGUGACAGGUGAAAAUCGAUGGACCGAGAAUUGUCGUGGCCUAGUUGGUGUCCAUGAUAUGUCCCUAGACACCGAGGAUGAGUCUUGUUCCCAGACGCCAGAAAAAACUUCCGACCUCAGCGUCAUAGACAUCUCAACGUUCUACCAAAAGCUAGCCAGCAAUGGCCUCGAAUAUGGCCCUUGCUUUGCGAAUCUGACGCACGCUAAUGUUGCUGACAACUUGUGCUUUGCUGAAGUUACUAUCCCUGACACAGCAGCUGUCAUGCCAAUGAAUUUCCAGUACCCAUACUUGAUCCACCCCUGCACCCUUGACAGCAUAUUUCAUUCAAUGUUUGUUCAGACAAACUUGGGAGAUGAUCCCGCUAUUCCGGUUCAUAUAGACCAGCUUUGUGUAGCUCGGAGUACAGACCAUUCACCGGGUACUAAAAUGCAAAUUGAGACGAACAUUGACAAGCGGACGAGAAAGGGUACUGUAGCCUCAGUUGCAGUUAUGGAUAGCCAUGAUACUAUUGUUAUGUUGAUUGAAGGAUUGCGAUGCAAGAACCUCGAGAACAGCGCCCCCAAGAAUACAGUCAAACUGACCGAUCGCCUUGGGUAUAUGCUUACUUGGAAAACAGAUCCCGACCUACUUUCAAGACAAGACUUGAGUUCUAUUCUUAAUGAGAACAAUCACGAUGGCGAAGAAUCGGCAAAGAGAGUUUUGUUGGAAAGUUGUGCGUCCUACUACAUUCGGAAUGCCAUCCAAGGUCUUGAAUCCGUGGACAAGGUAGAAUUGCAUCCGGACAGAAGGCAACAGCUUGAAUACUUUGUUGAUUUGAUGCAAGAAAGUCGCUUGGUCCCGUCGCCAGACAUGAAUAGCGCCGAUGUCCAUGCAGUAAGUGCUUCCGGACCGGAAGGAAGAAUCCUUGCUGCAAUGGGCGAGCAACUCAGUACAGUCUUGAAAGAUCCAUCCUCGACCAUUGAUAUGGAUCCGGUAUGGGAGCACUACUGGGACGCUAUCCGCUCAACCCCGGUGUACGGGAAGCUGGCUAGCUAUCUCGAGCUAGUCGGCUAUAAAAACCCAAUGAUCUCGAUACUUGAGGUCGAGGGUACAUUUGGACAAUCUUCACAAGGUCAUCUUGAACGGCUCUUGAACAAUAACGGGCAGGGUCCCAUAUGCAGUGAAUACACAAUCACUCAUCAAGUCGCAUCAAUCCCUGAGCACUUCGCCCCAUUGCUUUCCAAGUGGAACCAAAGGCUGAAAGCGAAGAAAUUGGAUCUGAAUCAGAGUCCAGAGACACAAGACUUUCCCAAAUCUCAAUACGACGUCAUCAUUGUGCCACUGGGGCUUUGUACGGUCCCAACGAAGUUGCAAGCUCUCAGGAACAUACACAAGCUGCUGAAGGAGAGAGGACAUUUAAUUAUCGUGGACCCCAUCGCUGGACAUAAUGAUCUAGUCAACUCUGUUAUCUUUGCGAAUUCUCCAGGAUGCUGGUCUGAAGGUCGCUUUGGUUUUACCUUCGGAGAAUGGAAUGUCGCGCUCUCAGCGGCUGGAUUUUCCGAAGCAGAAGAUUCAAGCACUUCACGAGAAGGGCCCUUCAUGAUCAUCACUCGUCCAUCGCAGGAGCAUUCAAUUCCCAAACGAAGUAUUCUAAUCAUAUCCGAAGAUGAUAAUGGCAUAGACAUGUCCGCUCUGCAAGACUGCCUCAGCCCCGUGUCGUCUGAUAUCGAAAUCGCAGAUUUCACACAUGCCAAGCCAGAAGGAAGAGUUUGCAUUGUUCUCAGUGGCCUUAGGCGGCCACUGAUGGCAGACCCUACUCCAGAGGAACUGGAAGUAUUGAAGCGAAUCUUCUUGAAGGCAUCGGGCGUCUUGUGGGUGACCAGAGGAGCGGCAAUUUCCCCCCUGACGCCGGACGGUGCUCUGGCAAUUGGGUUUGUACGAAGUUCGCGCUCUGAAUCCGGAAUUGAAAGAAUCGUCACGUUGGACCUGGACGGGCAGAACCCGCUCUCAAGUUAUUGCGCUGUCGAGGUUAUAUGUACAGUGGUGCGCGAGCGAAUUCUGGCCGAGGGAGACGGUCAAAGCGACACAGAGUAUGCUGAGCGAAACGGCGUGCUUCUCAUUCCCCGAGUUGUCGAAAACAAGGCCUUCAACAGUUCUCUUGCGUUAUCGCGUGAGACACAGACAACGAGCCUUGAAAAGUUCCGCCAGGAUGGUAGACUCCUCAAAGCGACAUUUCCUGGUGCCUCUCAGGCAGAUGAGGUGCUCUUCGUGAACGAUUCCAGGAUGAAUGACUUACCCGCGGACCAUAUCCGAGUUCAAACCUAUGCAGUAUGCAUAGAUAAACAAGCCGUAAAUGCUCUGGAAGAGCAGGACAUGUCGCAAGAACCAGCGAUGAGCUUCGGAGCCAGCGGGAUUGUUCACAGUGUCGGAGAAGCUGUCCAUGGUUUCGCCCCGGGUGAACGAGUGGCUUGCCUUGCGCAAGGAGCAGUAGCCAAUUACCAGCAAGAAAAGGUGUUCGCAUUCCAAAAGUUACCGUCGGAUUUAUCUUUUGAAGCAGCAGCGGCCUUGCCUGUGGCUUAUUGCACAGCAUUAUAUGCUCUUCAGAACCUUGGGCGGGUUGUCUCCGCUGACAGGGUUCUAGUAUACGGAGCCACAGGAACAGUUGGCCAAGCUCUAGCAGAACUAUGCCUUCAUACUGGAGUAGAUGUGCUCUUUGUCGUGCGAGCUGAGAAAGAAAAGCAUUCUCUUAGCUGUACAGUUGCUGUGCCUGAUGACCGGAUUAUCGUCGAUGAGAACGGAGCUCAUGUCAGAAAGCUUCUGAGGAUGAAGCAGCAUCGGCUUUUUGAUAUGGUAAUCAAUUUCGAAUGUUCGGACAACGAGAUGCUACAGACGCUAUGCAGGCUGGUCGGUACAGGCGGCAAAUUCAUACACCUUUACCACGAAAAUCGCUGGAGUCAGCGCAAAUGGGCAAUUCCACAGCUGGAUAAUGACAUCUCCUUCGCAACACUGGACAUCAAUAAGGUCUUGAGAGACAAGCCAACGUUGCUGUAUAGAACAUGGGGCGAUGUAAAGCGCAUGUUCCGAGCAGGACACAUCCGUGGCUCCAAUGCCUUGACAAAUUAUAGUAUUUCAGACAUGCUGGGCGCAUUGAACGCAUUGGAAUCGGAAGAUAUGGAUUCCGUAGUACUCUCGGCUCAACCAGAGGACGUUGUGAAGGUCAUCACUCCGAAGCCACAAGCUGCCCUACUCCAUCCAGAUGCAUCUUAUAUACUCGUUGGCGGUUUAGGAGGCAUUGGACGAGCCACGGCUCUCUGGAUGGCCGAUAACGGGGCUCGAACGUUGAUCUUCGUCAAUAGAAGCGGACUGUCGAACGAGGCAGCGCAGGAAACAGCACGAGACCUGAAGAAAAAGGGAGUCCGCGUGGUUGUACACGCCUGCGAUAUAUCUGAUAGACCACAAGUCGAGAAGAUGGUGAGCGAUCUUGCGCGGGAUGCGCCUCCAAUUCGAGGAGUCAUUCAGGCUGCCAUGGUCCUCCGGGAUAUCCAUAUCGAAAAAUUGACCAUCCAGGAUUACCUGUCCGUGCUGCACCCGAAAUACGCAGGAACCUGGAAUCUGCACCGCUAUCUCCCAGACAACCUCGACUUCUUCGUCAUGCUCUCUUCCAUUAGCGGAAUCAUCGGAAACGCCACCCAGGCCGCCUACGCCGCCGGCUCAACCUUCCUGGACGCAUUCGCGGCAUACCGCAACUCCCUCGGUCUUCCAGCCGUCUCACUAGACCUCGGCGUGAUAACCGACGUAGGGUACCUGGCCGGUAACCGCGAUCUAGCGGCCAAGAUGGCCCAGCAAGGUUUCCACGGCACAGACACAGCGACGCUGAUGUCUCUGAUUGCUGCCUCAAUCAGAGCGCCGUUCGGUGAAGGCGGGACCUCACAGAUCAUUACGGGAUUGGGCGAGUGGAAAGAAGGGCAGUCGCUCAGCAACUUUGACGCUCCCCUCUUUGCACACUUCCGCCGACAGUUUCAGCAGAAGCGGGGAGAAGACCAGUCUGAUGAGUUUAUUGGCAAGUUACGCGAGAAGCUCCGAGACAACAAAAACCUCGAAGAGGCUUCCGGGGUUAUCUACGGUGCCCUGAGCGGGAAGAUUGCGGCGCAUCUGUCUGUUCCGAUCGAGAGCAUCGAUGCCUCGCGUCCCAUUACGGAGUACGGGAUCGACUCGCACAUGGCGGUGGAGUUGCGAAACUGGAUCUCGAAGACGAUGGAGAGUACGGUGCCGAUUUUGGAUAUUCUGGCUAGUAGUACAUUGUUGGAUCUGGCGGGCAAGAUUGCAUCCAAGUCUAGAUUGGUUCAUGUGGAAGAAUAG